GCCAAAGCCAGAGCCAGAGAGACGAGAAAGAUAAAGGAAAGAGAGACGGAACGAUAGACUUGUGCGUAAAAGAGUGACCAGUCCUGGUGCCCCCCUUCUUCUUCUUUUUCUUUCUCAAUUUCCAUCAGACAAAACCCAAACCGGCUGCUUGGAUGAACCAAAACCUAUCGAUCUGUCAGUACUACACCUGGAUUCACUGACCAGCCGCACAGCAGGCAUGUCCCGAAGGAAGCAGAGCAACCCCAGGCAGAUCAAACGUCCUCUGGAGGAUGGCCUGGAGGAAGAGGAGGAGGAGUGUGUCUCAGAGGAGAACGAGCUCUUGGCCAAAGACGAGUUCUCAGUGGAGGAGAACUUCUCUGCCGAGUUUGAGACGGAGAACAUGAGCUGUGAAGACAUGGAGUACUUCUGCAACAAAGGAGAGGAAGAUGGGAACCGAGAAGUGGGAGAGGCGGAGAUGGACGGACAGGGCGAGAAGACCAGACAUCCAACGGUGGGGCCAGAGGACUGGGAUGGACCAAGAGAGCUGGACGCGUUCCUUAAAGAUGGCGAGCGUCGGAUCCACAGCCGGCAGCAGCUCCCUGUGGGCACAACGUGGGGUCCCUUCGAGGGGAAGAUCGAGAUGAAUACUGACAGCAGUGGCAUGAAGACGAAGAGCUCGGUCCCGGUGGUGCUGAGCGCCGGCCCCAGGUGGCUGCUGGAUGUGACUUGGCAGGGAGCGGAAGACAACAAAAACAACUGUGUGGUGUACAGCAAAGGUGGCCAACUGUGGUGCACCACCACCAAGAACAUGAUGGAGGGCGAAGAGCUGGUGGCGUUUGCGGUGGACUUUGACUCGCGUCUGCAGGCGGUGAACCACAUGUCUCUGAGCGAGGGCAUGUACCCAGCCAGGCUGCUGGACAGCAUCCAGCUCCUGCCACAGCAGGCCGCAAUGGCUUCCAUCCUGCCCACUGCCAUCGUCAACAAGGACAUCUUCCCAUGCAAGGCUUGUGGGAUCUGGUAUCGAAGUGAGAGGAACUUGCAGGCCCAUCUGAUGUACUAUUGCAGCGGGCGGCAGAGGGAGCCAGAGACUGUAGUCGAGGAGAACGACACUGGACCCCACCAGACCCCCAGCAUCUGCCCCUUCCCACAGUGCAACAAGAGCUUCUCCGGAGCCAGGGCCCUGGAAAUGCACUUGAGCACCUCACACAGCGGUGUCAAAAUGGAAGAGAGCCUCCCUCCUGGCACCAGCUUGAAAUGCACAAUCUGUAACUACACGGCAGAUUCUCUUAUUACAUUCCAGCAUCACAUCAUGUCUCACCUGUCACAGGCGGCCUUCAGAUGCAAUCACUGCCAUAUCAGCUUCCAGAGCCACAGGGAACUCUUACAGCAUCAGGACUUACAUGGGCACGGCAGCAAACUUCACAGGGAGGGCGACGGCACUGAGCAUUCCCCCAGGGGGCCCGAGGAAAGCCUCCAGCAGCAGCAGCAGCAGGCCCGCGCUGAGCUGGCCAACAGGAAGGAUGCUCUGCUGGGAAGUCCCAAAGGGGCCCUCAACAAGGAGACCAACACAGAGGGAGAGGCAGACAAGGCUGAGAAGAAGCCCAUGCUGUCUGUUCAGAAGGGAGAGACCCACCCAGGCAGCAAGGCCAACUUUUCUUACACUAGGAUCAAGUCUGAGCCCUCGAGCCCCCGGCUGGCCUCCUCCCCUGUGCAGCAUAACAUGCCUACAUUUCCCAUGGGCCCCUUCUUGUCUCAGUUUGCUUUUUCCCAGGACAUUUCAGUAGUCCCGCAGGCUUCAGAGAUUCUGGCUAAAAUGUCGGAGCUGGUUCACCGGAGGCUGCGCCAUGGAGGGAACAGCUACCCCCCUGUCAUCUACAGCCCUCUAAUGCCCAAAGGGGCCACCUGUUUCGAAUGCAAUAUCACCUUCAACAACCUGGACAACUAUUUGGUCCACAAAAAGCACUACUGUAACAGUCGCUGGCAGCACAUGGCAAAGUCCCCUGACUUCUCCGGCCUGUCAGACAAGGUCCCUGAGGCAGUUAGCCCCAACAGUGGCCACAGUUCAGUUAGCAUGCUGGCGGGCUGCCACCCUGCAGAGGCUGACAGCCACCUCAUGCAGUCCGCCUGUCUAAACUCCAGUGUUUUGGACAUGAUCAAUGCAGGGACUAAAGGGCCCGAUAAGGAUCUAGCAGGACAGGUGAAGAAGGUCUCCACCCCAACUGGCACCGAGGAAAGGCUCAACGGCAAGCAGAUGGAGGGGAAGAGCCCCAGCACAGGCUUGGUGGAGAGUGACAAUGACCCAACCAAGACGACCUGUGAUGCUUGCAACAUCACCUUCAGCCGCCAUGAAACCUACAUGGUCCACAAACAGUACUACUGUGCCACCCGCCAUGACCCACCCAUGAAACGCAUGUCUGCCAACAAGGUGCCCUCCAUGCAGAGGACCAUGAGGACCCGCAAGCGCAGAAAGAUGUAUGAGAUGUGUCUCCCUGACCAGGACCACCCAAGGCCCCCCAUGGGCCAGCCGGGGUUCCUGGGGGUUCCUCCCAUGGGGAACCCUUGUACAUCCCAGGAGGCUGUGGAGAGCCUAGCAGACCGCUUCCAUCCCCGCUGUGAUGUCUUCCCAGGUAUGGUACCCAAACACCUGGAAGCCUCCCUUACUGUCUCUAAAUCUAUUCUGGCUCCCAAAUGCAAUACCAUGGAGCAGCAGGAGCUGGACGCUCCCAUUGAUCUCAGCAAAAAGUGUUCGCCAGUCCCUGACAAGACAUGUAGCUCCCCUAAAAGACUGUUGGACUAUCACGAAUGUACAGUGUGCAAGAUAAGUUUUAACAAAGUGGAGAACUACCUGGCGCACAAACAGAACUUUUGCCCUGUGACAGCCGUCGCUGCUGCUGCCCAGCAACAACAGCAGCAGCAGCAGCAGCAGCAGCAGCAGCACAAUGAGAUUGGCAGCCUGGAGCCGACCAUGUUUCCAGACGUGAAGAGUGAAGGCAAUAACAACCCUGAUGACGUCUACGAUAAGAGCCCAGGCAAAUGUGAGAAGAAUGGCAACGGGAAGAUGAUGGUGCAGAAUGGAGGCAUGUUCCCCCCUCACCUGGGGCCUGUGCCGGGGCUCAAGCCUUUCGCUGAGCCUCAGCUCAUCCCAUCUAAAGACGAGAACAAGAAUAUGUUUCUGCCCCACUGCCUUUAUCCCGGAGCAAUAAAGAAGGUGAAAGGUGCUGAGCAAAUAUCGCCGUAUUUCGGGAUAAAGCCAACCGAUUACGUGACGGGGGGGCUGGUGAUGCAAGGAGAGCCCAGUGAACAGGAGCAGAGCGUUAAUGGAGGAGGAGGUGGAGGGACAGGGGGAGGAGGAGGAGGAGAGACGGGGACACCCAGAGAGCAGGCCCAGCAGCCUGCUGCUAAUGGCUGCCCCCACCCUGGCAAGGAGCCCCUUCCCCUGCUGCCCAAAAACCGGGGCAUGGUCAUCGUCAACGGGGGGCACAAGCCCGAGGAGCGUUCGGGCACAGCUCCACCACAGCAGGAGAACCAGUCCCAUAACCCCCAGCAGCCAGACGGCCACCCCCCUAAUCCCUCACCUACGUGGGGCGCUGAGAACCAGGCCGACUCCAAUGAGAACGUGUCACCCUCCUCCAAGUCCCCUAAUGAGGAGGCAGCUCCUGCGGCCAAUAAAGGCGUGAACGGCUCAGCCCAGGCUCCUGGAAGCGGCAAGUACUGCCGCCUCUGUGAUAUCCAGUUCAACAACCUGUCAAACUUUAUUACCCAUAAGAAGUUUUACUGUUCAUCACAUGCGGCAGAGCAUGUAAAAUAAGUUGAGAAGAAUAAGACCCAUUCUUCUUUUCCCACCACACCUUUCCCCACUCUUGACCCUUUUUUCUUCUGUUUUGGUACACUGUUGUGUCUGGAAUAGUGCAUCAUGCAGUGCUAAACGCUGCUUGUGGACAAUCAAGAGAAGCUUCUUCUUUCAUCGUUUUAAGACUUAAAAAUGCAAAACCAUUGGUUAAAAAAGAAAAAGAAAAGAAAAAUGAAUCAAGAGUAAUAUUGGUGCCA